AUGAUGCUCGCGCGAGCAGCCACGCGCAAGCUGCGCAGAGAUGCAUUCCGCUCGCCCACACAGCUUUCAGGUGCACGCGCGCUGCCGCCGCUCUGUCCUGCCCAGCUGCGACGCACAUCCAACGUCAGCUCCCUCCCUGCCGCCACCGCCACACACGAAUCGAGACGACAGCGGAGACCGUCGCUGUCGACACGGCGCACGACGCGCUCGCUCGUCACCGCCGCCGAACUGCACCCCCACCCGUCCUCGGCGCCCCUGGAUGGCUUCAUGCAGGCGUGGGGCCCCAAAAUACAGCCGCCCGAGCUCGCCCGCCUGCAAUCGUGGGACACGGCCAAUCCCCUUGUCGUCCACGACCAGCAUGCCCACAACGCACCCAUGGCCCGCAGCGUUGGCCACGGCAUCAGCGGCGACCCCAUCGAGAUGCACCAGAACCUCUACGCCUGCCUGCGAGUCGGGCGGACAGACCGCGCCGCCCUCAUCCUCCGACGCCUCUCCACCAUCUAUUCGCCCGCCGCGCCGGAGAUGACCGACGCCCACAACAUCUUCCUGCAGACCCUCCUCGAGCUGGCCCAGGAGGAUCCCAAGGCCGACGAGUCCAUGGAGAGCAUCGAGUCGUGGUACAACAAGAACAUGGUCGACAAGUCCAUCGCCCCCAACGCCAUGACCUUUGUCACCCUGCUGCGCGCCGCCGUCAGCUUCCUCGACGCCGACCGGCAGGAGAACGUGAUCCGCCACUAUCUCGACAUGGCCAACGAGUGCGGCCCGGAUGUGCUCGAGCAGGUAAACACCUCGCCCGACUUCACCGACGAGGAGUGGAACUUGGUCAUCCGCCUGCAGCCCGACAGCUUCGAAGAGCCUCCGGCCUUGGACACGCUCCACGAGCUGCAGUUCAACACCUCCGAGGCGGCCACGUCUGCCGUGCUGCAGGGCCUACCCCCGCAAGUCGCACACAUCAAGCCCGUGGACCAAAAGGGCUUCGGCCUAGUCACGCUCAAGCAGGCGCUCAGCACCUUCGACGGCCCCGCCAACAUCCCCUAUCCUCACGACAUGCAGGGCACGCAAGAAGAAAAGGACCGCGCAUACGCAUACGCUCGCCAGCUACGCAUCGAGCAGGAUGGCAUGGAGGCUGCCGUGCUUCGCUGGAGGAAGGAAGAUGAGAAGCUGACGGACAUGGGCAUCCACGGAGUCCUGAAGACGAAGAGCAUCCAGGCUCUCAUGUACAACUGGUACACCAGCCUUGUGCCCAUGUUCAAGAAGCAGAUCGAGCACGCCAAGGAAGUCACCAGCAACCCCACCAAGGCGAACCAAAGCGACGAUGCCCACGCCUACGGAGCCUGGCUCGAGAGAUGCACACCCGAACGCUUGGCUGCGAACGCAAUCACCCGUGUAAUCCACGCUUGCGUUCAAGUCAAGGGACAGGAGAGCGACAACCUCAAGCUGUCCGCUCUAUCUGUGUCCAUUGGCAACGACGUCAUGGAGCACAUCAACCUGGACGAACAAACCCGACACGAAAAAUACCUCAAGGCGCAACGCAAGCAUGCCCGUAGGGAGCUUGUCGAGAAGCUUUCCAAAUCAAGCCACGGCACCAUCGCAAAGACGGAGAGAUCCAACAAGCCAGUCGAGGUACCCUUCGAGAGGACCGAGAUCCCUAUUGCCGCUCGCAUCAAGAUCGGCGCGCUCGCUCUCGAGAACGUUCUGCAAGCCGCCCGAAUCACCGUCACCGCCGAGGAUCCAAAGACUGGCCAGCAAUUGACCAGCACGCAAGCUGCCUUCCACCACCAGAUGAUCCUGUCCCAAGGCAAGCGUGUCGGCUGGAUUGUCCCGCACCACGAGAUCUUGAGCAAGCUCCGCAACGAACCGGUCCACAACAUCAUGAGUGUCAAGCUCCCCAUGGUGGUUCCGCCAAAGCCGUGGUCCGGCUUCGAUGUUGGGGGCUACUACACCAUGCCGUCCAAGGUGGUACGCCAGAAGACUGGCGACACCUCUCAACGAGCGUACGCCUCGACUGCCAUCGAGAAUGGGGAUAUGACAAAGGUCCUCGCUGGACUCGACGUGCUUGGCAAGGUGCCUUGGCAGAUCAACAAGCCGAUUUUCCAAGUCAUGGUGGAGGUCUGGAAUUCCGGCGAGGGGUUGGGAGGCCUCGUUGCCGAGAAGAUUCACCUCGAGCGCCCUACGGAACCACCCGCCGACGCCGACUUCCAGCAGCGAGCCGCGUGGGGCAAGAAGCUGAAGGAGUAUGAGAACCUGAAGAACGGUCUCCAUUCGCAGCGAUGCUUCCAGAACUUCCAACUGGAGAUUGCAAACGCAAUGGCCAACGAAAAAGAGCUGUACUUCCCUCACAGCGUCGACUUCCGUGGCCGCGCAUACCCCAUCCCGCCUGUCCUCAACCACAUCGGUUCCGACAUCGCCAGAGGCCUCCUCAAGUUCGCCAAUGGCAAGGAGCUGGGUUCCAUCGGGCUGCAAUGGCUCAAGGUACAUCUGGCCAACCUUGCUGGUUUCGACAAGGCUAGCCUUCGAGAGCGUGAACAGUUCGCCAUGGAUCACAUGAACGACAUCGUCGACUCUGCCACCAACCCCUUGGGUGGAAGGCGUUGGUGGGCCAAGGCGGAAGACCCGUGGCAGUGUCUCGCAUGCUGCAGGGAGCUCAAGCAAGCCUUCGACCUGCCCGAUCCCACCCGCUACGUCUCACAAUUGCCUGUCCACCAGGACGGUACAUGCAACGGUCUUCAGCACUAUGCUGCCUUGGGCGGCGAUCAAGCAGGUGCUCGCCAGGUUAACCUUGAGCCCUCUGAUCGGCCCCAGGAUAUCUACACCGGUGUUGCAGAGCUUGUAAAAGAGAUGGUCGAAGUGGAAGCCGAGCAGGGCAAUGCUGCCGCCAAGUACGUCAGGGGUCACAUUACUCGAAAGGUUGUCAAGCGAACUGUGAUGACGAACGUCUACGGCGUCACCUUCAUGGGUGCCAAACAGCAGGUCUACGACGAGCUGAAGGACAUUUUCCCCAACUUCCAGGAGACAAAAGAGCUCCGGUCGCUGCAAGCUGUCUCCAUGUACGUGGCCUAUAAGAUCUUCGAGGCACUCGGUAAGAUCUUCAACGGUGCGCAGGAGAUCCAGUACUGGCUCGGAGAGUGCGGCGACCGCAUCACAACUUCCAUCACCGCAGAGCAGGUGAAGCAGAUCCAAAGCCGAUUCGAAGGCAAGGCACCUCGCCCAGACGGCAAGUACAACUCGGACAAGAUUUCAAAGUCGGGUCUGAAGCAGCUGAUCAAGACUGUCGAGAACUUCAAGACGGGCAUCAUCUGGACCACCCCGCUUAAGAUGCCUAUCGUCCAACCCUACAGGAAAGACUCGCUGCAGAAGAUCUCGACACCCCUCCAGGACAUCACCGUUCAAAAGCGCACCGCAAGCGACGUUGUCGACAAGCGGAAGCAGCUGCAAGCGUUCCCCCCCAACUUCAUCCACUCCCUCGACGCUACGCACAUGAUUCUUUCCGCGCUCAAGUGCAGCGAGAUGGGUCUCGACUUUGCUGCUGUGCACGACAGUUUCUGGACACACGCUUGCGAUAUCCCGAACCUCAACGUCAUCCUCCGUGACGCUUUCGUCCGCAUGCACUCAGAGGACAUCACCAGCCGUCUUGCGGCAGAGUUCAGUGCUCGUUACGCCGACAACAUGUAUCGCGCCAGCGUGCAUGCUGGUACCGAGGUUGGAAAGAGAAUCUCAAAGUGGCGGAUUGCAAACCGAUCCACAAAGUCAACGGCCACCGAUGGCAUUGGACACAAACACGGCACGGCGUCGUUUGACGAGAUCGCGCUGGAAGCUCAGAGGCAGGAGCUGCUCAAGAGCGAGGAUCCCGAGCUCAGAGCGAAGGGCGAGGCUAUGGUCACCCCUACCAGCAUCUGGCUCGAGGCCAAAGACCCCAAGACACUCGCUUCCUUCCGCCUCUCACUCCUAGGCGAGACUGGAUCCGAAGCCAAGACCAAGAGCACCGAACCCUCCAAGUUCGACGAGAUCGUGGAGAACAGCAAGGCCCUCGAAGAGGCCGUCAUGAAAUCAGAGGACCCGGAAUCCAUCACCACUGUUAAAGUCACAGCCGACGACAAGUCCAAGCGAGCCGCCAAAUACCUCGGCGAAAUCUCCACCAUCCAAGUCUGGCUCCCACUUACCUUUCCUCCCGUCCCCGAGAAGGGCGACUGGGACGUAGCCCGCCUCCGCGAAUCAAAGUACUUCUUCUCAUGA